CACUGAAAUUUUAAGUUUGAAUGAUUUUAGAUAUUUUGAGGAACCUAUCGAUGUGAUUGAGAUAUGUAUAAACUACUGUUUGUGGUUUUAAGUAUCGGAUACAGCAGAUCUGUUAGUAGACCGUCAACCAUUGUGUUAGAAAACAACCAGUUUAAAAAUGUCGUAGUUGCCGUCCAUGAUAGCAUUGCGGAGGAUGGUUCCCUCAUUGAUAAAAUAAAGGAUGAAAUGACAGAGGCUUCAAAAUACAUUUACAAAGCCACCAGACAACAGGCAUACUUCAAGGAAAUAACAAUUUUACUUCCCAACACGUGGUCAUCGCAUGCGUCAUACGGACAAGCUACGUCAGAGACGAUACAGUUAGCUGACGUCAUCAUCACAGAUCCAAUACGAGGGAAAAGAAGUUUACCACAGGCACGUUCUUACGAGGGGUGUGGAAAACAAGGAGUGCAUGUUCUGCUCACGAAAGAGUUCUUUGACAACCCCAGUUAUGAACCGUAUAGAAAUAAUUCAGCAAAGUAUUUUGUGCACGCUUUCGCCCAGUUCCGGUGGGGAGUUUUCCAAGAGUAUUCGGAGGAGGGAGAGGAAGUGUUUUACAUAUCCUUUAACUCGGGCUACCCUGAGGCAAUCAAGUGUGUUUACUACCUCCGGGGUCUUAUUGAACGAAACAACGCAGCCGUUACCACACCUUGUUACAUAACGAACAGCCUAGAUCCAGUAACGGGUUUAUAUGAGAAGGAUUGCAUCUGGAGUCCAUACCCAACCAGACAACGGGCAAAAGCAUCGAUAAUGGACCAUCAGUAUAUUACAGCGAUAGAGACGUUCUGCGAUGAUGACAAGGCAGACUACAUGACAGUGCACAACUAUGAGGCACCAAGCAAACACAAUCGCCUGUGUGAGCACAGAAGCACAUGGGAUAUAGUUUCAAACACAGAUGAUUUUAAAGAUGGGAAAAACCCGUUAGUAGGCCUUACUGACUCGCUGCUGACACCAACUUUUAAAGUGGUACGCGCUUCAUCGAGGAAGAAGAGGACGUUGGUCAGAUUCAAUCCUAACCUUGAGGAGAGCGUCACGUCCGGGUUAAUAACAGACAUCAAACGCCUGCAGCUCGAACUUAAUUCUGAGGAAGUAGAAGUUAUCCACAAAGAGGAAACGAUUCCCUUUGGAGACGAAGGAAGCACAUUAACCGUUGAAAGGCACCAGGUAAUUACAACCAGCCAUGGGAAAUCUAGCGACACGGUUUACGAUAUCGGUCAGACACUCGGUCAUCGUCACGUAGACCGUAUGAGACAGGCUGUGAUGCAGAAUGAUCUCUAUAAAGAUUAUGUUAUUGUGGCACAGUCAGAAUUUAAUCUGGUAGGAAGACAACCAGUGGAAUCUACAGUUGGUAUCGAUGAAACAUUAGCACACCACAUGACCUACAUGUUUUACUACGACACUGAUAUGCCAUUUGUUGACCUACGGUCACCGUCAGGUGUAAUAUACGACAUUGAGUCAGACAUUUGUGCAGUGGACACAGAUAGCAAGUCGAUAAAAUUUCACUUCAGUUUUACAGAGGUCGGUAAGUGGACAUACAAGAUUUACCAGUCCUCGGAAUUAUCUCAACGCGUACAGGUCACAAUUUCCUCUGCUGAUGAAAACCAUUCACUGGAUCCUCUCACAGUUCGUCCGUCUUCAAAACUAAUUCAGGAAGACCCUCCAGCUAUGCUCCUCAUUCUUGACGUGACACAAGGCGUACAUCCUGUUCUUGGACUCAAUGCCACAGUUUUAAUAGAGGGUCCAGACAGUUUAAGAACUGUGUUGCAACUGUUCGAUAAUGGAGGUGGUGCAGAUGUGAACAAAAACGACGGUGUUUACUCCAGAUAUUUUACAAAGAUCAGCACGGGUGGUGUGUACCAUUUCACAUUUAAGAUAAAGGGAUAUGGUGAAGACGUCUACCAACGAGAACAAACAUACAGCGUAGAUAACUUUGAUGGGCCCAUUAAGAAGAUUAUAACAAAAAGAUCAAUAAGGGGCCGAUCGAAAGACACAUUCAUGGAGACUCUAUAUUUCUGCCGGAGGGGGUCAACCCCAUAUCACCAAGACUUUCUAUGCUCCAGAAUCACAGACCUUAGAUCUGUCAGGUCCUUGAGAUACAGAAAAUCAGUUAUCCUUACUUGGACAGCUCCUGGCGACGAGGUCGACCUUGAUAAAUCUGUAUCGUACGAGCUUUUUGUUGGCUACGAUAUAGACGAUGUUAGACAAUUCCUGCAGUUUACCGACACUGGAGUUUACAAUGGCAAGGGAAUAGUGCAGAAGGAAAUUAUUCAGACCAGUAGUUCAGGCUCAACUGUAGAAAAAGCCCUCAUAAUGCCGAAACGGCAGUCCAGGACAUUGGCAUUUUCAAUAAAAGUUGUCGAUGCUCUUGGAAAUACAAGCCGUACUUCGAACGUCGCCUCAGCUCUUAAUCCAUGGAGAUAAUGGAUCGUCCGCUUUACGAAUGGGUUUAUGGCGGGAAAGUAAUUGCAUACACCUUCUGAAUAAAUUGAUCUUCAUAUAAACAAAAACAUGUUUGAUUUACAAUAUUUAGACUCUAAUUAAUUUAUCGGAAUACUACUGUUAAAUGUCUCUCUCUUUUUCUUUUUCACUCUUAAUAACAUGUGAAAAAUAAGUAUAUUAUCAAAGGGUUUGUUUGUCUUUGAAGCCCGUAGCUUUAGACUAGAUAAUGAUUUGUUUGGACUCCGGAAUGAUUCCAAGCAUCAUCAAUGCAGGCAUUAACUAGCAGAGCUUAUGCAUAAACAGUUGUUAUACUGCACGUGCGCUCCGCAAGUGUUAAUGAAGUCAGUACAUCCUCAUUUAAGAAUCGUGAUUUUGCCUGAAACAGUGCAUAGCGUGUCAAAGCAGGUUGUUUACCGUUUUGUCAAUUACUGUUACGGAAAAUUGUGUGAAACUGUGCGGUAUGCUCAUUAAAAAGUCAUUAUGUUGU